AUGACACUAUCAAGUCUGAAUAUGGGAAGUGCGAGGCCGUUUGCCCACUUGACGCCCACUCUAUUUCUUUUUAAAUUCUCCGAAAUCCUGUAUAACGUAACGGCAUUCACUUUCUGGGCCUGCGGGGAGCGCGAAUCCGCUGCAACCUCAGUCAACGAAGAGACGCCGUCUCGCGUGGAUCAACAGGUGUUACAGCCCGUGCAAAACGCGUUCACCAGCAUGGGAACCGCAUAUGCCUGCAUCGUGGUGGCCAUGCUCGCCGCACUUCUUCUGACGGCGGAAGCUGGCGACAUGAUGCGGAAGAGUAUCGUGUUCGACAAAAACACCCCGGACGUGUUCUACUGUCCGCAACAGAAGCCAACAGGUUUCGAGAAGAUGAUCGUGAACGCGAAACCGUUGUCGAGGCUCUGCCAAUUCGAGGGGAAACCGAUACCGCCCGAUUACAAGAGCGAUUGCUACAACGACGUGGACGAGACAGAGUACGCGUGCAAAGAGAAGUACAGAAUCAUGAUGCGACUACAUCCGCCAGGAAGUGAAACACCGUACAACGGUUCACGCUUAUCGAGAUUCCUAGCUUUUGGCAAAGAUAUCAACAAGAAGAGAAAUCAGAUCGAAGAUAGCGACUGA